AUGGAAACGGUGAUAUUUGAAGAUGCAUGUGCAGAUUUUGCGUCUAUGGUUGACGAUGAAGUUGGAAGCUUUUCUGUUUCUAGAAUGAGGGUAGGGGGCGAGAAGCUAGUGCGGGCUGUGGAUAAGAUCGUGGAAAACGCCCGUAAGGAUAUGAAAGAGGUAGAACCCCAGUUCCUAGAAUUCCAGCAUAGUCUAAAGCGACUAGUAGAAGACCUCACUCUUCUACUUGGACCCUUAUCCUCUUCCACCCCUUUCGAGAUCAAUCUUCGCCGUAUGCUUCGCCAGACUUUGAACAGGAUACGAAAUCAUCUGAUUUGUCAUGUCGCUAGAAUUAGAAGCACCGUUUCUCAUCUGAUUUGUCAGGCAAGCCCAGUUGAUGGGGUCCAAGCCCAGGCCCACAUAUAUGGCCGGAAUCAUGAUUAUGGCAAGAUUGUGGAGUUUCUUUGUAGCCAAGCACAAACACAUGCCUCUCACAUCCUUUCCAUCUAUCCCAUUGUUGGCAUGUCUGGGAUUGGAAAAACAACACUUGCUCAAUUGGUAUACAAUCAUCAACGGGUAAGUACCCAUUUUGAUGUAAGAAUUUGGAUUUCUUUUUCUGCCAAUUUCUCUGUCAAGAAGAUUCUGUGUUCCAUUAUAGAUUCUGUUGCACAAGAAAAGUAUGAUCACUACGAUUUAGAUGUAGUGGAAAGAAAAGUGCGAGACCUUUUGCAAUGGAAAAGGUACUUGCUUGUUUUAGAUGAUCUUCACCUCGUAUAUGGUGAACUGAACGAGUUGAAAUCUAUGUUGACUCGAGGAUCAAAAGGUUCUUGCAUUUUGGUAACUACUCUCUUUAAGGAGGUUGCGCAAGUCAUGGGAACAUUCGGACCUCAUCACUUGACUCCUCUAUCAGAGGACCACUGUUGGUCAGUUUUCAAACAAUAUGCAUUUAGACCUGGCGAACAAGAGCCUGAAGUUCUUAAACGAAUAGGCAAAGAAAUAGUAAAAAAGUGUGAGGGAUUGCCUCUUGCUGCACAAGCAUUGGGAGUUCUAAUGCGCUCAAUGAAUAAGGAACAUGAAUGGCUUAGAGUUGUACAUAAUUGGUCAUGGCAUUCUGAACCUGAGCUUGAAAUUAUGAAGGAUGAUUUGAUUCAUCUAUGGAUGGCAAAUGGGUUUAUUUCAUCCGACGGGAACUUGGAGGUUGAACAAGUUGGCGACAUAAUAUGGAAUGAAUUGUACCACAAAUUAUUCUUCACAGAUGUCAAGACAGAUGAUUAUUCAGGGGACAUAUCUUUCAAGAUGCUUGGUCCUGUCCAAGAGUUUGUUGAGUCCACUAAGAGCGGAGACUGUGUGAUUUUGGAUAAUUAUAACAAGACUUCUUUUUCAAAGAAGGGGCACAAAUUGGAAGAGUUAAGGGGCCUAAACCUCGGAGGAAAACUAUGCAUUGAAGGCCUAAAAUAUGUUGGCAGUUUAUAUGAAGCAGAAGGGGCCAAUUUGAUGGGUAAAACAAAAUUACAUGAGUUAUCCUUGUCAUGGGACAGCUGUGGUGAACCUAAGUCAAAUGCUACAAUGAAUGUUGAGGAAGUACUUGAAGCACUUCAGUCUCCCCCAAAUCUUAAGACAUUGAGAAUAUAUGAUUAUGAAGGAUCACGCUUGCCGAGUUGGAUUCAAAAGCUCAAAAGUUUAGUUACUCUUGAACUUUUUGAUUGCAAAAUGUGUCAGCAACUUCCACAACUUGGUAAACUACCCUUCUCAAAAGGCUUGAAAUAUUUUCUAUGGAUGAUGUGCAAUACAUGGAUGAUGAUGAAUCUUGCCACGGUGUGGAAGAGUGUUUCCCAUCUUUGGAGCAACUCAAUGUUUGAGGGUUACCAAACUUAA